AUGGGAAAUUGUUACGAUUGCUUUAGCCCACAACCAGAGGUUGAAACCCCGGAUCCGGUGAGUGAAAAACGCGUUAUUCUGCAAAGAUUUGUAGCUUGGCUUAUUCUAAGUUUAUCGUAAUAACAUUCACUAUAAUCAUGUGGGCUUUUGAGCAGAUAUACACAGGAAAUAAAUAUUUUUCUUUGAGCGCCAUUUUUUUUGUAUGUAUUUUUGGGUCCGUGGAAGACAUCAUUGUUGCGUAUUUGAUAUACAGGAAGUUAGAAGACGGCAGCAAGAGGAGGCUGCGUUGAAGCGACAGCAACAAGUAAGGCUAAAUAAUUGUUCAAAGAAUACUGGCAGAAGUAAUUCUCUUUGCACGGAAUAAGCUUUAAUCAUGUCACUUAGCGUUAGGCUUUUCUAGCUGUUUGUGUUUGAAGGAAUGGGGGGAGGGUUGAUCAGAAUUCUCUGGUUUGAUACUCUCCAGCCUCCUGCACCUUUGACUCCCCUCUUGCCUCCUGUCUUCUUUUCUCUCUGCCUCCUCCCUGUUGACCCCUCCUCUUGAAAAGCUGACUGAAAGAAACCAUCAUUUCCUUCCUCCCUCCCCUGAGAAAGGGCUUAUUUCCAGGUCAUUUACCAUGCCAUGUAAAGCACUUGCUAACUACUUACAGGUAAUGAUAUCUCAGUUUUACUCAGUAUACCUUUACCGAAUUUGUCUGUAUUUUUGAUUGGCUUUUUCUUGUUUAAUAUGCGAAAUUUGUCAUGGUUUGGAUCCUUAGUUCACAUGUUGUGGAGUGGGCCAAAUGCCUCCUCUAAUAAUAUCCCUCCUCUAUCAGGAAAUUAUUUGCUUUUAAUGCCACAUUUCUUUUUUGGUAGCACUUGUGAUGGUGCACUUUUACUGUUCCUGGAUUGUCUUUUAAGUAAAAAUCAGCCAUUUUUCAUGAAAGGGGAUUCAUUGGUACCUUUAUACCAAAAUAGGGCUUAUAAAUUUCUCAUUCUUAAUUAGGCUGAUGGUCGUGGAGUUAAGGAUCCAGAGAGACUCAAGAGACAACAGAAACGAAGAGAAGAUGCUGAGAGGGAGGCUUUGAAGCAUGGUCCCUCAGAUGGGGGAUUAAAGGUUAGCACAUUUUGGCAUGAACAAGUUCAUCUUUUACAGAUGGAUGCCUUUUGUAUCAAAAGUGAUUUAUUUAUAAUGUUUUACUCAGUGAGUUUGGCUUGAGUGGUCUUAUUCAACAGGGUCAGUGUGUAGUUUCUUGGGUAUAAGUCACUUGAUGACCUAAGUACCUGUAGCUUAGCAGCCUUUGUGUACAUGUAUUCUGCAAAGUGGUAUUAUAUGUGGGUGGAAAUCUAGAGCGGCAGAGCUGAAAUAGGGUUAGAGAAACCAUUAACACCUGUUUUCACAACUCUGCCACUCAAAGCUUCAAACUACACACAAAACAGAUAACAUGAAGGCUUCUUCUUUCCACUAAGGAGUAUUUUAAACAGUGUUAAAAUAUUACAAGGAGUACAAAAACUGCUUAGCCUAAACUUAAAAGGAAAAAAUCAGUGGGAUGUAUCGACAUACUUAAUCAUUGACAGUCUGCUGGGUCAUUUGGCAAUAUCUCAUUAUUUUUAGUAUUUACCUUUUGUUGGAUGAAUGUAUUGUUGAGGAAGACAAUUUAAUCAGUUUGAGAAAUCAAUUUAUGAAAAUAAGUACAGAUGAUGCCAUGUGCUUAGCAAACUUUUGAUUGAAAAGUAACUGUUAUUUGCAACUUUUAUGUUAUGAUUUAAAUAAAACAUGACGGCACACUUUUGUAUCUCAUCCAUUGUUUCUAACUGUGAUCAUUUCAAUCUUUUCUAUGCAGUGGACUGUUGGAUAACUUUAGGACCAGGACAAUCCCUCAAGAUACCCUUGCAUGAGAAAUUUCAAUUCAAAGUCUUCUUUUGGAAAUGUAUAUCUAAUGUAAGCUUUAAGCUUUUGGAAAAGUCAAUUUGGUUUAAAAAAUGUAUAUCUAUGUAUAUCUAAAUCUCUAGUAACAGUGUUACUACUGAUCAGAAACAAUUUUUACUUACAAGUAAAUUUGAUUUCUGGACUACUUCACUCAGGUGUUGUAGGAGGCUGAGUUACAAAAUAUUUAGAGUAUAAUUAGAUAUUCAUAUUUAUCAGCCAGUGGGCAAACAUGACAUAUGCCAGGCUUGAAGUUUCUAGCUCUAGGUUUCUUUGAAAUUGGGUCUAAGUCCACUGAUAAUCUGGUGUUAUCCCUUAAGUAGAUAAAAAUGUCAAUUGGCCACCAUAAAGAAUUUCCAAGGCUAAUAUUUCAAGCAUGAGCCCUUUAUUUUGUCAGAAUGGCUAGAGUUCAACCCAGGUUAACCCACUGUCUCUGCCUGUUGGUGAGCUACUGAACUCAUUUCUCACUAUUUGGACAAAAGUAUGGCACCUAUUGUCAAAUCUUUACCAUCAUACAUUAAAGACAGCCAAUGUGCACAUGAAAUUUUUUGCAAUAAUAAAAGUUAUAGGUAGGUAUAUGUAGUCAAAGUAGAGAGCUGCCAGCCAGAAAAAAUAACUUUCUGCUUUGUAAGUUACAUAGCAUGUUGUGUGUGGGUAUUUUUAAAGCUGAGGCUGUAAAGAAAUGUGUAUAAGAAAACAACAGACUGCUUAAAUCAAAGUUUUUUUUAGUCACUUUCAUCCCUACUUGAAUGAACACAACAUUCCCUUUGGCUGAGACUGCCCAUUUGCCAAUAGACUGUCUUGAUUACCUUGCAAGGUAGAAGUAAAAGGCACUUAAGCUGUAAAAAAAAUGGUAAUGUGAAAAUUGUAGUUAAAAUGGGUAUAGAUUGUUGCAAAUUAUUAUGCAAAGAAAGGGUAUUUAAAUUAAAUUUAUUUCUCAUUGUGAUGCUCAGGACUUAUUAACAACUGCAAGAAACUUAACAGUUUAAAAUUCAAAUCAGUGCAUUCUUGCUUUAUAAUGAGUUCUGGUUUCUUCUCUGUGAGUGAUGGUUGAAUUGCCUUAAUUUCAAUCCAAAUCACAAAUGAGAAUUGAAUUAUUGAAGAAAAAUUAUUAAUUUUUUAGAAAAUUAGUUGGGUAAAGUAUUUAAAAUCCAGUAUUUAUCAUGUGUGCCAAACAGUUGUAUGCAUUAGGUCUAACAUUGUAGAAAAGCCAUAAAAUGUUUAAAAUUGAUGUCACUUACUAGUUAUCUCUGAUCAGUUUUAAAAAUAUACAUGGCCAGGAAUAAUUUUGCAGGCGUGUUAGAAUAACAUUGUAAGCUAGUUUCACUUGACAAAUAAAGAAGCCUCUA